AUGGGCUUUUUUCGAAGGUUUGCCUAUGAUCCUAAACUUAAACAAUGUGUCCAGUUUGUCUAUGGUGGCUGCCAAAGCAAUGGCAAUAACUUUGAGACCAAGAAUGAGUGCGAGAAAAGAUGUUCGCGACCAGACGACAUAUGUCAAGUGAAAACCGACCCGGGUCCCUGUAAGGCUCGUAUACCCAGGUAUUCCUACGAUUAUAAACAAGGCACGUGCGUAAAUUUCACGUACGGUGGCUGCCUAGGCAAUGGCAAUAACUUUAAAACCAAGGGGGAAUGCGAGAAGAGAUGUUCAGGUAAGCAGUCAACGAGACCGGUCAAGAUAAAGGCGGCAAAUAUACUGUCGUCUAUAGCCUUUAAGAACCUCAACUCACCUUACUUCUUUUUCUUUGUAUUUUUAGGAUCGGAAGACGUUUGUCAUUUGAAAGCCGACCGUGGACCAUGCAUGGCUAUUCUGCCAAGGUUCGCCUAUAAUUCUUCACUAGGUAUGUGUGUGAAAUUCACGUAUGGCGGCUGCCAAGGCAAUGGCAAUAACUUUGAGACGAAAGAGGACUGCGAGCAAACGUGUGCACGUAAGUUGUCAACGAUGAUAAUUGUGUUGUUCUUUUUUGUAAUUUUAGGUUCGGAAGACAUCUGCCGUCUGAAACCCGCCCCGGGGCCGUGUAGGGGCUUUAUGCGAAGGUUUGCCUUUAAUUAUACACUGGCUGAGUGUAUGGAAUUCAAGUACGGUGGCUGCCAAGGCAAUGGCAAUAACUUUGAGACUAAGCAGCAGUGCGAGAACAGAUGUUUACUCACGUAG